GGGCCUCUCCGUCCGUCGCACCAACACACUCGCUCACACCCACCCACCCGCGCACACUGACCAGUUCUUCGCCACAAGCCACGCUUACCACCCCUCUCCUACUUGUCACCCCUUCUCUUUUCCAAGAUGGCCACUCCCCGCAGCGCUAAGAAGGCUUCCCGCAAGUCUGGCUCGAAGUCCGCCAAGGCCGGUCUGAUCUUCCCGGUCGGCCGCGUCGGCUCGAUCCUGCGCCGCGGCCAGUACGCGCGCCGCAUCGGUGCCGCCGGUGCGGUGUACAUGGCGGCGGUGGUGGAGUACCUGACCGCUGAGCUGCUGGAGCUGUCCGUGAAGGCUGCUGCGCAGAGCGGCAAGAAGCCCCGCCGCCUGAGCCCGCGCACCGUGACGAUGGCGGUGCGCCACGACGACGACAUCGGUUCUCUGCUGAAGAACGUGACGGUGUCGCGCGGUGGCGUUGUGCCGAGCAUCAACAAGGCGAUCGCGAAGAAGAAGAGCGGCAAGAAGAGCAAGGCCACGCCGAGCGCUUAA